AUGAGAAGGAUAACUAACGGUGAAGGAUGUAGUCAACCUACAACACUCACAAGUUGCAUUACAAUGGAGACAAACGAAACAAAUAUCAACGAAGAUUCAUCUGUUGCUGGUAUUUGGGUUGUAGGAAAUGACAACAUCACUGCAUAUAAAAGAAGUAUUAUUGUCUAUGGGAGGUCUAACUAUAGUACUGAAAUUCAACCUCACUUUGGUUGUUAUGCUCCUUUGUCGUAUCCUUUAUUUUUUUUCCCAAUGGGGAUUUUCCAGCAGUUUUCAGAAGAUGCCUAUAUAAAGAUUGAGACUACACGUUUGGUUUUUGUUGAAAAGAACCAAACCAAAAUUAGAGCCGAUUUAUACCAGGGUGUUGUUGAUUACUUCAAUGUCGGUGAGGCUCAACCAAGUAGGGUUGGACAAAGAGUUGUGUUACUUGCAAGUUUCAUUGGAGGUCCAUGUGACAUGCAACGAAGAUUUCUGGAUGCCAUGACUUUAGUUCAAGAUGAUGGGAGGCCUGAUAUAUUUCUUACAAUGACAUGCAAUCCAAAAUGGACAGAAAUUGAUGAUGAGUUAUUACCUAGACAGUCAGCUCAAGAUCGACCGGACCUAGUUGCAAGAGUUUUUCAUGCUAAGUUAGAGGAUCUCAAGGUACAGUUAUUCCAAAGACAUAUAAUCGGUGUGUUGGGGUCAUAUGUGUAUGUGAUAGAGUUUCAAAAGCGUGGAUUGCCACAUGCACAUUUCCUCUUAAUAAUGACACCUAGAUAUAAGAUGAAUAAUCCAGACGAUUAUGACAAACUUGUGUGUGCGAAAAUUCCCGACCCAAUAAGGUUUCCUGAAAUGCAUGAUCUUAUCAAAAGUCACAUGAUGCAUUCCUUGUGGUAG